AUGUCUAACAAAAUACCACUAAAACACGCUACAAAAGAUGAGACCCAAAGCUCGGGUGGUAGUGGCAGAAAAACAUCUUCGUUGAGGCCACCGGAACAAACCGUCAAGUGCCCAAGAUGCGAUUCAACAAAUACCAAGUUUUGCUAUUUCAACAACUAUAACCUUACGCAGCCCAGGCACUUUUGCAAGACAUGUAGAAGGUACUGGACCAAAGGUGGAGCCUUACGCAACAUCCCAAUAGGAGGAGGAUGCCGGAAAAACAAGAAAACGUCAAAGACUUCCACUUCAAAGUUUACCAUCGGAGAUUCAUCAUCGGAUAAUGGAGUGUUGAAGUUGUUGGAUCGUCAUUCACCACCACUCAUGGAUUUUCAACUUGGAGGGAUAAACUUCCCUCCUAGGAUUAACCAAUUCUCUUCCUCAUAUGGAGACACAUCAUGUAAUCUACCUUUCAUGAACCUCGAUCCUUUAGGGGUUAAUUUCGGUUUGUCAACUAAUGUAACAAAGCAAGGAGAUCAUCAUCACAAUCAAAGUGGAGGAGCGAUAGGAAAUUUUCAAGAAAUGGGUUUUACAUACACGAAUCUUCAUCAGAAUACCAAUCUUGCUUCUUCUAUAGAGUCUUUAAGUUCUUUAAACCAAGAUUUGCAUUGGAAGUUACAGCAACAGCGGUUGGCUAUGCUGUUCGGUGGUGAUGCUGGAGAAGAACAUGGUCAUCAGCAAAAAGAAACCGGCUUACAACCGAUCUUGUUUCAGAAUCUUGAAAUUUCAAAACCGAUAGCAUCCUCCAUGGGCGGUGAAUCAAGAAAAGUUGGUAGCAGCAGUGGCGACGGUGGCGUUGGUGGUAUGGCCACUGAGUGGUUCUUUGGCAACAGUUAUGCAUCGGGGAACGUGAAUCCAGCUUCCACAGAAAAUGAUCAAAAUGGAGACAUCAACACCUGGAAUAGGAUUCAAGCUUGGAAUCACAUGAAUCAGUACGCGGCACUUCCAUAA